AUGCUACGUUGCAGAGAAGUAUAUAACAUUUGCAAAGGAGCGAUGUCGAACGAGGUAAAGCACUACGAUUACUUGGUUAUUGGAGGCGGAUCCGGGGGCGUGGCGUCCAGUCGCAGGGCGGCGUCGUACGGUGCCAAAACGGUGCUUAUUGAGGGCAAGGCACUGGGCGGGACGUGCGUGAAUGUGGGGUGUGUGCCGAAGAAGGUGAUGUGGUAUGCGUCGGACUUAGCGCACCGGCUGCUGCACGCCAGGGACUACGGGUUGCUACAGGAAGUCGACAUCAGCAAGGAAAAGCUGCACUUCAACUGGAAGGAGUUCGCGGGGAAGCGUAACGCCUAUGUGGAGCGGCUGAACGGCAUCUACGAGCGCAAUCUCGCGAAGGAGGGCGUGGAGUAUGUACAUGGGUGGGCGCGGUUCAACAGCGAGGGCCAGGUCGAGGUCACGCGGCCGGACCAGACGACGGAAAAGUACACCGCGGACCACAUCUUGAUUGCAACGGGCGGAGAGCCGGUGUUGCCGGAGGGCAUUCCCGGCGCGGAGUAUGGUGUUGACUCGGACGGCUUCUUCCGCCUGGAGGAGCAGCCCAAGAAGGUGGUGAUCUCGGGCAGUGGCUACAUCGCGACCGAGUUUGCCGGUGUGUUCAACGGCCUGGGCACCGAGACCCACAUUGUGAUCAGAAAGGACCAUGUUCUGACCAAGUUUGACCCGUCCAUUCAAGAAAUUGUCACUGAGCACUACGAGAAGGAGGGUGUGAACAUUCACAAGAAGGAGAGCAUCCAGCGCGUGGAGAAGGACCCGAACACUGGAAAGCUCACUGUGCACUUAUCAGGUAAGAUCAUCGAGGACGUGGACCAGCUUGUGUGGGCCAUCGGGCGGAAGUCUCUACUAGGGAUUGCCCCCGAGAACGUGGGUGUCAAGUUAGGUGAAACGGGGCACGUCGUGGUGGAUGAGUACCAGAACACCUCGACCAAGGGCAUAUACGCGCUCGGCGAUGUUGUGGGGAACAUGGAACUAACUCCAGUUGCCAUUGCGGCGGGUCGGAAACUCGCCAACCGACUCUUUGGACCUGAGCAGAUGAGAGCUCAGAAACAGGACUAUGACAAUGUCCCAAGCGUUGUAUUCUCCCACCCCGAGGCCGGCAGCAUUGGCCUGACCGAGCCACAGGCGAUCGAAAGGUAUGGCAAGGAGAACAUAAAGAUUUACCAAACCAAGUUCACCGCGAUGUACUAUGCUAUGCUGGAGGACAAAUCCCCAACUAAGUACAAGUUGAUCUGCGCUGGACCAGAAGAAAAGGUUGUGGGACUGCACAUCGUCGGAGAUGGUUCUGCUGAGAUCUUGCAAGGUUUCGGUGUUGCCAUCAAGAUGGGCGCCACGAAGGCCGAUUUUGACUCUUGUGUCGCUAUCCAUCCUACUUCUGCAGAGGAGAUCGUGACGCUUAAAUAA